UGCACGUGGGGAGCGAAGGCCACAACAGACGAGCUACUGUGGCUCAGAUUUCUGCAGUUAAUGCUCGAUGGAUCAGGGCUGUUUUGGCAGCAAAAGUGUGGACCAGCACAAUAUUAGGCUGCAGCUCGUGCAACCGCCCUGACCGACCGUGUCACGACUCGCUCAUGACUUCCUCACGAAAUCACGAUUCGGUUCACUCCUGGUCCGAGACGUCGUGAGAAGGAAGUGGGAAACGAAAGCGGAACAGUCCGGUGGGCGUGGCUUCUCAAAAAUACCUGCAGUACAAAACGCGGAGGGCGCGAGUUCCGCUUGGAGUUGGUGCGCGCGACGUGAGAAUUGUCUUUCACCCUGUCGCCGUUAAUAAGGCUGCAAUUUCACCGCAAUAAUCACUAUGUUUUUAUUUUCCGGAUAGCGUGAGAUAUAUGAUAUGAUAUACAGGACGUCUACAGUCAGUGGAGCGACUCUGUUGUAAUCAUCAUCAUCAUCUUAAGGACGUUGAAAAGUGUCGCAUGGAAAAUGGACGCAUUUUACACCACGCUGUCUGUAGGCUGAAUGAUACUGGGGCUCAGGUUUAUUUUCUCUUUAUUUAUAUAUAUAUAUAUAUUUAUAUUGCACAGUUUCCGUGCUUAGUGCGUGAGUGUUUGACGUGUAAAAAGUACAGCGGACAAGUAAAAGCAUUUCCUCUCUGAAGUGUCACCAUAAAUCCACAGCUGUGAUUCGGAUUAAUACUCUAACAUGGCAUCUACAGUAGAGAGGAAGAGCCUGGAGGUCAAUGAAGAGCUAGUGGAUGAGGUCCUCCAGGUGCCUCCGUCAAUGCUAAUGUGUGGUGGUUGUCAACAAACCAUCGGAGACCGUUUUUUCCUGAAGGCCAUAGAGCAGUACUGGCAUGAGGACUGCCUGAGCUGUGAUCUUUGCGGUUGUCGGCUGGGUGAGGUUGGCCGAAGGUUGUACUACAAGCUCGGUAGGAAGCUGUGUCGUAGAGACUACCUAAGACUGUUUGGUCAGGAUGGGCUCUGCGCUUCCUGUGAGAAAAGGAUCCGGGCUUUUGAAAUGACAAUGCGGGUCCGUGACAAAGUGUACCACCUUGAGUGUUUCAAAUGCGCAGCCUGCCAGAAGCACUUCUGUGUUGGUGAUCGUUACCUGCUGAUCAACACGGACAUUGUAUGUGAGCAAGACAUUUUCGAGUGGACAAAACUCAACAGCAACUUGCGGUAAAUUUCCUUUAGAGACUGAAAAGCUGGUGUUGCCAAAAUCUCCAAUUUAUAAUUUACACAAGAGCUACAUAACAGUUAGACAGUUCUGUAGCAAUAAAUACAAAAAAAAUAUAUAUAUAUAUAUAUAUAUAUAUAUAUAUAUAUAUUGUAUAUUUUCAGCUCACCAGCACAUAAAUAAGAUUUAAUUUUCCUUGAGAAAUUUUUUUUUAACAUACGAGGGCAAUAAUAGCUGUUUCACAAACACUUUUUUUUUUCAGAUUGCUAAAUGGCCACAUUUGUAUAUGGAUACAGAGCAAUAUUUAAAAAAGGCUCUGUUCUCAAUAUCGGUAGGUCAUAUGGCACUAAACAGGUGGUCAGUGGCCUCUAACAGACCCUUUAGGUGCCUUUUGUACAGUUCUAAUGCACAUUCUGCAAUGGUUUCAAAUGCACUCUUUUCUAUGAACUUUUCAUAGUCACCAGCAUAGGCCAAUCAUAUCUUCUGAACAGCUGACUCUUGCUGCUCUACAGUAUGCAUCUUAAUAAGCAUCAUAUGUGUUUGCCCACAUUAUAAUGUUUAUAUCUGCUGUAAAUUUAAUUUGCAUUGAUGUAAAGUAGAUGUGGAGUUUAACACAGGAUUUGUUGCAUUAAGUUGUGCGUGACUGAGUUGAAUUUUCUAUGGAAUAUAAUAGGAUUUCAUUUCUCGAGCAGAAUGUGUUUUAGUAAUACUUUUUUUUUAUUUAUAUUGUUUUAUUCUCAGGUCCAUUUUUUAAACAUGGGUCAUUAGAAUUUAAAACCAGGUCAUCAUUAAGCCAUAGAAAACAUUUCUUUUGUGCAUGCUCUAGCUUUGUGUGCUUUGUUUUUUCAUUAAAUCUUAUUUCUGUAUACCGGUUACAAAGAACUGUUCUGAAUAUUUUUACUUCCCUUUAAUGCAGUGUACAAAUUGCAGAAAAAUAUUUUAUUGCUUAUUUUCAAAAGAUGGUAAACGUGUGUAGUCAGUGUGCUAUUUUUAAAACUACUAGGUAAAGCAAUUGAAAUGAAUAGUUGUACCUGAUUUAACACACAAAAUGUUCUGUGUUAUUGUGUUUACAAGUGUAUUGUGUAUAUUAAAUAAAAGAACAUUUGCUGGCAUAACCAAA